AUGUUUGCCACUUUAUACCUAGAAUUUUCAAUUCUACUUCCCCUUGCACGGUUACAAUAUUCGAAAAUGUAUCCCAAUACAACAGUGUUGGUUCGACAAGUGCUAGAAUUGAAUCCUCAACGUGAUUUCAAGAAAUGGGACGACAUUGCAAGUAAAUUGAACCUUUUAUUUUACCAAGAGCAUAUCUGGAAUACACCAUACUUUUUUUAUGAUGGUCAACAGACUCAACUUGCAUUCAAGGAUAAUGUUUUAAGGCCAUAUCACCAAGGAAAAUUUAACGGUAUUACUGAUGCGGACAAGAUUCAAUCAGCAAGGAGUUAUAUGCAAUCAAUAAAAAAGGAUUUUGGAUUAUCAUUGAGAGACAGUUUGUCAAAACCCGUUUUAAAUUCCAAAUUACCCAGAGACACCUACAGAGGCAAGUUCUCCUUUUACUCAAGAUAUUUGCUCGUGGGAUUGACUUAUUUGUUUCAAAUUGACUCUCUGUUAAAAAUUGUAACAACAUUUGGCCAAAAACCAUUCGAGGCUUUGAUUUCGCUCAUAUAUUGGCAGUUUCUGUUCUUGAUAUUCUACCGCUAUCGCUAUCGCCUUCUGUAUCAAGAGAUGGGUACAAUGCAAGCAAUCAAAUUUUUGUCGAUAAUAACAAAAGUCAAUCCUGAAAAGGAACUGAAUAAAUGGGAUCAAGUAGCCAGACAUAUGAAUGAAUAUCUAGCUAGUGAGGAAAAUAGCAGUCAUUCUAAGCGUAGAUUUCUGGACGGUAAACGUUGUUUAAACUGUUACAAGACCUACUUUGAGCCUCUAUCCGUUGGUAAUGGUCCUUCGGAAUACUGCGAGCUGAAAGAAAUUGUUGAAAUUAUAAAACCAGAUGCAUAG